AUGGCAGUGAGGUUGUGUUCCUUUGGGUUUGUGCUGUUGGUAGUGUUUGCACAUUAUGCUGAUGCACAGCCUAACUGGAGAUUUCCUCCAUACGACAACCCCCAACCCCAAGUUACAGCCUCUAAGCCUAGGCAGCCCCAGUGGCCAGAGCCCCAGUGGCCACAACAGCAGACUCCCCAGUGGCCAAAGCUGCAGAAUCCCCAGUGGCCACAGCUGCAGACUCCCCAGAGACCAGAGCCCCAGGGGCCACAGCUGCAGACUCCCCAGGGACCCCAGCUGCUGACUCCCAAGACACCAGAGCCCCAGGGGCCACAACAGCAAACUCCCCAGAGGCCAGAGCCCCAGAGGCCACAACAGCAGACUCCUCAGAGACCAGAGCCCCAGGGGCCACAGCUGCAGACUCCCCACAGCCCCGAGCUCCAGUGGACACAGCCCCAGGGACCACAGCUGCAGAAUCCCCAGUGGCCACAGCUGCAGAAUCCCCAGAGACCAGAGCCCCAGGGGCCACAGCUGCAGAAUCCCCAGAGCCCAGAGCGCCAGGGGCCACAGCUGCAGACUCCCCAGGGACCACAGCUGCUGACUCCCCAGAGACCAGAGCUGCAGAAUCCCCAGAGACCAGAGCCCCAGAGGCCACAGCUGCAGACUCCCCAGAGACCAGAGCCCCAGGGGCCACAGCUGCAGACUCCCCAGGGACCCCAGCUGCUGACUCCCAAGACACCAGAGCCCCAGGGGCCACAACAGCAAACUCCCCAGAGGCCAGAGCCCCAGAGGCCACAACAGCAGACUCCUCAGAGACCAGAGCCCCAGGGGCCACAGCUGCAGACUCCCCACAGCCCCGAGCUCCAGUGGACACAGCCCCAGGGACCACAGCUGCAGAAUCCCCAGUGGCCACAGCUGCAGAAUCCCCAGAGACCAGAGCCCCAGGGGCCACAGCUGCAGAAUCCCCAGAGCCCAGAGCGCCAGGGGCCACAGCUGCAGACUCCCCAGGGACCACAGCUGCUGACUCCCCAGAGACCAGAGCUGCAGAAUCCCCAGAGACCAGAGCCCCAGAGGCCACAGCUGCAGAAUCCCCAGAGACCAGAGCCCCAGGGGCCACAGCUGCAGACUCCCCAGGGGCCACAGCUACAGACUCCCCAGAGACCAGAGCUCCAGGGGCCACAGCUGCAGACUCCCCAGAGACCAGAGCCCCAGGGGCCACAGCUGCAGACUCCCCAGAGACCAGAGCUCCAGGGGCCACAGCUGCAGACUCCCCAGAGACCGGCGCCCCAGGGGCCACAGCUGCAGACUCCCCAGAGGCCACAACUGCUAACUCCCCAGAGACCAGAGACCCAAGGGCCACAGCUGCAGAUUCCCCAGAGACCAGAGCCCCAGGGGCCACAGCUGCAGACUCCCCAGAGACCAGAGCCCCAGGGGGCACAGCUGCAGACUCUCCAGUGGCCAAAGCUGCAGAAUCCCCAGUGCCCACAGCUGCAGACUCCCCAGAGACCAGAGCCCCAGGGGCCACAGCUGCAGACUCCCCAGGGACCACAGCUGCUGACUCCCAAGACACCAGAGCCCCAGGGGCCACAACAGCAAACUCCCCAGAGGCCACAACAGCAGACUCCUCAGAGACCAGAGCCCCAGGGGCCACAGCUGCAGACUCCCCACAGCCCCGAGCUCCAGUGGACACAGCCCCAGGGACCACAGCUGCAGAAUCCCCAGUGGCCACAGCUGCAGAAUCCCCAGAGACCAGAGCCCCAGGGACCACAGCUGCAGAAUCCCCAGUGGCCACAGCUGCAGAAUCCCCAGAGACCAGAGCCCCAGGGGGCACAGCUGCAGAAUCCCCAGAGCCCAGAGCGCCAGGGGCCACAGCUGCAGACUCCCCAGGGACCACAGCUGCUGACUCCCCAGAGACCAGAGCUGCAGAAUCCCCAGACACCAGAGCCCCAGGGGCCACAGCUGCAGAAUCCCCAGAGACCAGAGCCCCAGGGGCCACAGCUGCAGACUCCCCAGAGACCAGAGCCCCAGGGGCCAAAGCUGCAGACUCCCCAGAGACCAGAGCCCCAGGGGCCACAGCUGCAGACUCCCCAGAGACCAGAGCCCCAGGGGCCACAGCUGCAGACUCCCCAGAGACCAGAGCCCCAGGGGCCACAGCUGCAGACUCCCCAGAGACCAGAGCUCCAGGGGCCACAGCUGCAGACUCCCCAGAGACCGGCGCCCCAGGGGCCACAGCUGCAGACUCCCCACAGGCCACAACUGCUAACUCCCCAGAGACCAGAGACCCAAGGGCCACAGCUGCAGACUCCCCAGAGACCGGCGCCCCAGGGGCCACAGCUGCUGACUCCCCAGAGGCCAGCAGUAACUAAAACUCCAGAUCGGCGAUGCCAAGUAGAGGCUAAGGAUACAGUGCAAUGUGGAACGCCUAAAAUUACUCCUGCUCAAUGUGAGGCUAUCGACUGCUGCUUCAAUGGACAGCAGUGUUACUAUGGGAAGGCAGUGACUGUGCAGUGUACCAUGGAUGCUCAGUUUGUUGUGGUGGUGGCCAGGGAUGCCACUUGGCCCAAAAUAGACAUUGAUACCAUCAUUCUGCUGGGGGGAAACAACGGCCCCUGCAGUCCUGUUGGCAUCACUUCAGCCUUUGCCAUAUACCAGUUCCCUAUCACUGCCUGUGGCACCACUCUGAAGGAGGAAAAUGGAUAUAUGGUUUAUGAGAACAGGAUGGCGUCUUCCUAUGAAGUGGGGAUCGUACCCCGAGGCGCCAUCACCAGAGACAGCCAAUUUGAGCUGCUGUUCCAGUGUAUGUACUCUGCCACUGCGGUGAAGGCUCUGGUUAUUGAGGUGAACACUGUUCUUGCACCCGCUCCGGUUGCUGUUCUGGGACCGCUCAGAGUGGAACUCAGACUGGCCAAAGGAAGAUGUGACACCAAUGCAUGUAAAGAUGAGUCCAGAGCCUUCACAUCGUUUUACACUGCGGAAGACUACCCUCUCACUAAAGUCCUGAGGCAACCUGUGUACGUUGAGGUGCGCAUCCUGGAGAGGAAGGAUCCCAACCUGGUCCUGAUGCUGGAGCACUGCUGGACCACAUCUGACCCCAGCCCUGUCAGCAUGCCCCAGUGGGACCUCCUCAUUGAAAAAUGUUCCUACCAGAAUGAUAAGUACCAGACCACCAUGGUCCCCGUGGAACUCUCCUCUGGCCUUCUGUACCCCAGCCACCACAAACGCUUCACCCUUAAGAUGUUCACCUUUGUGGAUCACACUCGGGCUCCCCGCAAAGACACGGUAAUUUGCUACCUUUAUUCAUACCUGUUCGAUUUACUUUAUGCCGUACUCUCUUGCCAGAUUUUCAUCCACUGUAGGGUAUCUUUGUGCUACCCUACUCCAGGUGACUCCUGUGAACCAAAAUGCAACAGACAAAGAAGAGAUGUUGCUGCUGCUGCUUGGAGGAAGACCAGGCAGACUGCUGUGGUCUCCAGUGGAGAAGUGGUCCUGGUUGACAAAAAGCCUGCCUACCCUUCAAACGACUAAUACUAGCUACAGUUUGUAGCUGGGUAUGAAAUGAUGUAUUCCAUACCCGUUACAGCGGAGCUAGUGAAAAGCACUGGCAGUACUUUUUCUAUGAACCUUUACUUGGCGAUAUUUUCUUCGUUCUUGUCUCUUAUAAACGUCCAUGUCCAGUUGCAGGAGGUACUCCAAAAACCAGGGAAUAUUUAGAACGAUAUUAAACUCACUUUUUGCACCGAGUGAGAAGUUCCCUCGCCUUGUAUUUCCCAACAUCUUUGCAGGAACUACUCGUUUCCAUGCGACACGGCUGCAGCCACGCGUACAAGUAGACGACAGCGCGUCACACCGUGCGACCAAAACAAAGAUCUACACACAUGCAAGCGGCAUUUCUCACUCGAUACAAACAGUGGAUUUAAUACUUUAAGGAACUUUUUUUUUUUUUUCGUCUGCAACUGGACACGGAAGUUUAUAAGACACUGGAACCUUCCGAAUCGAGAAUGAAUAAAGUAUCGCAAAGUAACGGUUAGUCUAAAAUAUCCUGAUUAUGGCUAAACAGCAGUUUAGGCACAACCUCAGACACAAGCUUUAACUAUGCCGCUGAGUUUCGUGUUUACAUGGCUAUAACAAAACAUGGGUUCCUGAUUUCGCUACGUAUUUAUUGUUUCUAAUAAACAGUUGUACCACAAAGUUGGCAAUUCAUAAACAUUUUCCUUUUUACUUAUUUGUGCAUAGUAAAACCUACUCUCUCGCCACAGAAAUGUGGAUAUAGGAUCUGUAAAUCUUGUUGAGUUUGUUUUGUGAAGGCAUUGUCUAAUUCCUGGAACACGUUGAUAGCAGUGGUCAAGGUUGUGUAGAGGUAUCAUUCUAUGACAGGCCUCUACAACCCUGUUCCUGGAGAGCCACCCUCCUGU